AUGGGAAUGGCGAGGUAUACCGGCUACCCAGGUAAAAAAAAGUUUUUUAAAAUAGCUGAUUAGAAGAUAAAGUAUGCAUCUCAGACACUCAGAAACCAUUGCAUUUCCUUGUUUAUCAGUCAACAGCUAGAUGGUUGACUAAACCAGGUACUCUGAAAAAACAUCUACGAUAAUAAUAUUGCUUUGGACCGGAGUUAACGCUCAUCAGAGGAUCUCAUUAGGGUGAUUGCUUUUACGGCUUGCGGUUGAAAUGUUUUCAAAUGUAUGGCUUAUGGUUAAUAACUCUCUUUUGUGGUCACAAGAAAAAUUAUUUUUACGGUUAUUUUUUUUUAACGACUAACGGUUAAAAUUUGUCAAUUCUUACACCUAACGGCUAAAUUAUUUCACUGUUUUAUGGCUAACGGUUAACAAGGCCAUUGAGACAACGAUGUCAAGAGGGAAGCAAAAUAAAUAUCAGGUGAAUAACCUUAACACAUUUUAGGAGUAAAAUGACUCUAAUUGGAAGCCGAGGGAUGCCGGAAUCUUUUUCGUUCGCAGUUUUAAUUCCCUGAAAUUGAUUUUUCUAAGAAAGCUUUUUAAAGCUUAGAGGUAUCCUUUUUCCUCGGUAUUGGAUAUCAAAAUUGAUACCAAGUUUUAAAUCGUUCAUAGUUUAUAUUGCAAGCGUUUGAUGUAUGUUAGUCCGGAUAUGUCGUUAGUUUCUUGGCUCUGUUGUAAUCACUAUCAAGCUGUUUACUGGAGCCUUGUUUGACUAGGAUUUGAAAUAAACUUUUUUCAAUUUUUAUUUUGUAAAGAGGGAUUCUUGCUAAUUGCGUCAAGGUAGCUCAACAGAGUAUAUAAAUAAACCUUGGCAAAUGUAAUAUCAAGCGUUAACUCUUAAAACUAGCCUUUUUGUAUGUGUGCCGUGAAGCUCCAUUCUUAAUGAAUUAUGAUUCAGUCACAUUCUUAAUAAUAAAGUUUUUAUCUUGGCGACCGUAGUACUCUGUUAUUAUUCAUUAACCAGCAUGUGGUCAAACACAUACCCUAUUAAUAAACAUCAUAUUAAUAAACAUCAACGCCUUUAAUUUCAUUGUCAAGAUCUCGAUUGAAAAACGCCAUACAUUUCCCUUUCAACUUGUGAUAAGGAGAUUGUUUGAUAUGAGUUCAAGAUCAAACCUCCGUGCUGAUAAAUCUAAUACAGCUGCCUGUUUUUUUUUUUUUAAUAAGGUCGUGAUAUCCUAGGGAGAAGCCGAAUAAUUACCACUUCCACCAAAAACAAAAACAAAAAGUUUCUCAUGGGUGUCACAACACUCAAACAAACAUAGAGAUGUGUAAUAAAUACGAUUAGUUUUAAUUGAAAGAGCUUCCAUCACUAACGUACGUGGCUUAUUUUACACGGCCGGUGAUCUUCUGAAAAAAUAAAAUAAUUAAAAAUCUAAGAGUUUUCUUUUUGCAUAUUUGACGAUGAAAAAAAUAUUAUUACAUGUUUUACUUAAGCUAUGAAGUAUUAUAAUGCUUACUGAUCCUAAAUAAUUGAUGACCUGGGAAUCCAUAAAAUCCGUUAGGUGUUGAAACGACGGUUUUUAAUGAUAGAUACUACAUUUGUACCAGAAAAUCCCAAUUUCGGGUUAAAAGCUUUUGUUAGUAAUGGUUAGGUACUUAUACGAAGUUUGGUCAUCUUCUUUCGCAAACACACACACAACAACAAAAAAUUCAAAUUUAGCUUUAAGUUUCUAAAAACUUAACGUUGUUGUUUGCCAAUUUAAUCAAGAAAGUUCGCAAAUAACCUAAAUCAUUGGUAAAUAUUAUAUAAAAUAGAAACUGAAAUAUUUGAAGUCUCACUGUCUCGCUAUUUUGGUGAGAUGGAAUCGUAAUUUUUUUUAGAUAUAUUCACGGCAAAAAUGGUGCUAAUCACCCUGGUUUAACGUUCCAGAUUUUUUAUUCUUACCAUCCUCUAAUCGAUACACGCUGGUAAAUUUUAACAUUAAAAAUUUUUAAUCCCCAGCAUUAGCGAGGUCCUGCAGCGCCUUGAAACAGAUUGACCCUGCAGCACAAAGUGGCUCGUACAUCAUUGACCCUGAUGGCGAGGGAGGCUUCCCGCCCUUAUUUAACGUCACCUGUGACAUGAGUGACAAGAAUGGAGUUGGCGUGACAGUCAUUGGUCACGACAGUGAAACCAGAAUGCUAGUGAAAGGAUGUAAUGGCCCAGGAUGUUAUUCACGAGACGUUCAUUACACAGGAACGAGUCUGUCCCAGCUGGCCAAUCUAGCUAAAGUUUCCCUACAUUGUGAACAGUUUAUCAAGUAUGAGUGCCAAUCUUCGUCCAUCGUUUGGCAAAACAGAACAUUCGCAUGGUGGGUAUCACGCGAUGAUAUCAAGAUGAAUUACUGGGGAGGAGCCUCGCCUGGGAAAGGAGACCAAAUCUGCGCAUGCGGAAUGAACAACACGUGCCCAAAACCCGACAUCGUUUGUAACUGCGACAAUAACGACGGAGUUUUACGAGAAGACAGCGGUCUCCUCACCGACAAGAAAAGUCUUCCGGUUAAACAGUUGAGGUUUGGAGAUACUGGGGAGGCUUUCAUACUUUGGGAAAGUUUAAGUGCUAUGGCAUAG